AUGAGCCCAGACAUUAAUUUUUAUCAUGGAUGUAUUGAAAGUCUUGACUUGUGUUACAAGAUAAUCAUCGCUCCUGUGGUCAGUUUACUGAAGCAGCAGCCCGAGAUCAUAAUUGUCCCCGAUUCCUGUGCGUACCAAGUGCCAUUUGCAGCCUUGGCUGACGAAGGAGGCAAGUAUUUAUCAGAGACAUGCAGGAUUCGGAUAGUUCCCUCCCUGACGACUCUCAAGCAUGUUCAAGACAGUCCUCCAGACUAUCACAGUCAGACCGGGGCACUGAUAGUGGGUGACCCUAUGGUUGGAACGGUGAUUUACAAGGGAAGGUGCAGAAAUAUGCUACCAUUGCCGUGUGCAAGAAAGGAAGCAGAGAUGAUUGGAGGACUUCUUGGAGUAAGGCCUUUGAUAGGAGAUUCCGCGACAAAGUAUUCUGUGCUCCAAGCGAUAAGUUCAGUGAGCCUGAUACACAUUGCUGCCCAUGGUGAACCCGAAAGAGGGGAGAUUGUUCUUUCUCCUAUGCACCCUACCCUACUCCCACCUUUCCCUCGAGAGGAAGAGUAUCUUUUGACGAUGGCGGAUAUUUCAAAAACUCAGUUACGAGCUAAACUAGUGGUGCUUAGUUGUGAUCACAGUGCUCGUGGACAGAUCAGAACCGAGGGAGUUAUUGGAAUUGCCCGAGCGUUCCUAAGAUCCGGAGCUCGUUCAGUGUUAGCGGCACGAUGGGUCCUGGAUGACAGAGCCACAGAAAAGUUUAUGACUUGUUUCUACAAACAUCUGUUCCGCGGUGAAAGCGCCAGUGAAUCUCUCCACAAGGCCAGGAAGUGGAUGAGAAAUAACGGCUUUGACAAAGUUUCUCAAUGGGCGACAUUUAUGAUCAUGGGCGACAACGUCACAUUUGAUUUUGGAAAUUGGCCGGUGCCUAGCGCACCUCAAGAGCCAUGACUUUGAUAAAACCUCUGUAGCAGAAUGAAUUAGACUUAGUAAAGCUCGAAACUAUUUAAUUACAAGCCUGUAGAAAGAGGACGCCAUCUGCGAAGGACAACUCGGAUCGGUACACAGAGGAAAGCACUUCUGUAAAAUGUUCAUAAGACAUCUAAGUUUAAUGAUCUGAAACAAGACAGCGUAUAGUGUUAUCUCUUUAUAGGAGUUCCGAAGUUAAAAAACUCCAAUUUUUUUUUUGAGUCAUCAGUUCAGUGAAUGAGUCAAUUAAAGUGUGAUAAUUCUUAGUUUUAGAAGGCAAUUAAUUCGUCAAGGGAAGAAAAUUUUAAUCCUUUUUCAGCUGAUUAGUUAGUCAUUUCAAGUGACUUUUAAAAAAUGUGUGACUUGGGAAAGAAGUUUUUCUUUUUGGAAAUUUCUUGCAAAGCUUUUGACAAGAAAUAUUGUGGUUUAACAUGCUAAA